GGUGUGCUUCUAGAGCCUUCAUUCUCUCUUGAAAAACACCCGCGCUCUCCGUAUUCCGUCCUGUUUCAGCUAGUCUUUCGUCGCCGCGUCUCGCUCGCUCGCUCGCUCUCUCUCUUUAUUUGCUUCUUUGCUUUGACUUCUAUUAACAGUCUCCAUCAUGUACCGUCUCGCUUCAAGCCUCGCCUCCAAAUCUCGGGUUGUGAGGACCAGUGCUCAGCAGGUUGGAAGCAGGUUGAACUGUAGCAGGAACUAUGCGGCUAAAGACAUUAGAUUUGGGGUAGAGGCACGUGCCUUGAUGCUAAGAGGCGUUGAAGAGCUCGCUGAUGCCGUUAAAGUCACAAUGGGUCCCAAGGGGCGUAAUGUGGUUAUUGAACAAAGCUAUGGUGCCCCAAAAGUGACCAAGGAUGGUGUAACUGUUGCAAAGAGUAUUGAGUUCAAAGAUAGGGUCAAGAACAUUGGUGCUAGCCUAGUGAAACAGGUGGCCAAUGCAACCAAUGAUGUUGCUGGCGAUGGGACAACAUGUGCUACGGUCCUCACAAAAGCAAUAUUUGCCGAAGGGUGCAAGUCAGUUGCUGCUGGGAUGAAUGCAAUGGACCUUAGACGUGGUAUCACUAUGGCAGUUGAUUCUGUUGUCACAAACUUGAAGAGCAGGGCGAGGAUGAUCAGCACUUCCGAAGAAAUAGCUCAGGUUGGUACUAUAUCGGCAAAUGGAGAGAGGGAAAUUGGUGAGUUGAUUGCCAAGGCCAUGGAGAAAGUUGGCAAAGAGGGAGUUAUCACAAUUCAAGAUGGGAAGACAUUAUUUAACGAGUUAGAAGUUGUUGAGGGGAUGAAGUUGGACAGGGGAUACAUCUCUCCUUAUUUCAUUACCAACCAAAAGAAUCAAAAAUGUGAAUUAGAAGAUCCUCUAGUUCUGAUCCAUGAGAAGAAAAUCUCAAGCAUAAAUGCCGUGGUGAAAGUACUAGAGUUGGCAUUGAAGAAACAAAGGCCUUUGUUGAUUGUUGCUGAAGAUGUUGAGAGUGAUGCCCUAGCAACUCUAAUUCUCAACAAACUGCGUGCUGGAAUCAAGAUCUGUGCUAUCAAAGCCCCUGGGUUUGGAGAGAACAGGAAGGCCAAUUUGCAAGAUCUUGCAGUUCUCACUGGGGGAGAGCUUAUAACUGAGGAGCUCGGUAUGAAUCUUGAAAAGGUGGAUCUGGAUAUGCUUGGGUCUUGCAAAAAGGUUACAGUUUCAAAAGAUGAUACUGUUGUUCUUGAUGGCGUUGGUGAUAAGAAGGCCAUUGAGGAAAGAUGCGAGCAGAUCAGGGCUGCAAUUGAAUCGAGCACAUCCGACUAUGACAAGGAGAAAUUGCAAGAUAGAUUGGCAAAACUCUCAGGAGGUGUUGCUGUAUUGAAGAUUGGAGGAGCUAGUGAAACCGAAGUUGGUGAGAAGAAAGACAGAGUUACAGAUGCCUUAAAUGCCACAAAGGCGGCAGUCGAAGAGGGUAUAGUACCAGGUGGAGGUGUUGCUCUUCUUUAUGCAUCAAAAGAGUUGGAUAAGCUGCCAACUGCGAACUUUGAUCAGAAGAUUGGUGUUCAAAUUAUUCAGAAUGCACUCAAGACACCUGUUUACACAAUUGCGGCAAAUGCUGGAGUAGAGGGAGCAGUUGUUGUUGGCAAGCUGCUGGAGCAGGAUAACCCUGAUCUUGGAUAUGACGCUGCCAAAGGUGAAUAUGUCGAUAUGGUCAAAUCGGGCAUCAUCGACCCAGUGAAAGUCAUUAGGACAGCUUUGGUCGAUGCAGCUAGUGUGUCCUCUUUGAUGACAACAACUGAAGCUGUCGUAUCUGAACUUCCAAAGGAUGAGAAGGAAGUUCCAGCAAUGGGCGGUGGCAUGGGCGGCAUGGAUUAUUGAGUUCCUUCCUCCCUAGACACAAAUAAUAAUAACAGUUGCCUUAAAAGGAAAAGAGCCGUGAAGUCCACAGUUGCCCCUUGAUUUAUUUUUGAUAUGUAGGCAGGUCAUGUAUUUUGUUAUUUACGAAUGAGUUAUUUUUCAAAUGUGGUAGGAAAUUUAGGAUCAAACCAUCUUGAAUGGUUGCGUGAGAAAAAUUGGCAUUUGUAGGGUAAUGAAAACUGGUCAAUAAGACUUUUUUGCCCUGCAAUCGAGAGGUUAUCGGUUCAUGAAUUGGUU